UAAAACAAAAGGUAAACAUGAUUAUUCCAAUUCGUUGCUUCACAUGUGGUAAAGUAAUUGGUAACAAGUGGGAGUCGUAUUUAGGACUUUUACAAGCCGAAUACACGGAAGGUGAUGCUUUGGAUGCUCUCGGUCUCAAACGAUAUUGUUGCAGACGUAUGUUAUUGGGACAUGUUGACUUAAUUGAAAAAUUAUUGAAUUAUGCGCCUUUGGAAAAGUAGAUUUGUUUGGAUGGAGCACAUUUUUUCACAUCUUACCUUUUUGAAUUAGAAUAAAAUAUGUAUAGCUUUUAGCAACGAUUUAUUAAAUAUAUAUGUCUUAUCAAUUUGUAAAAA